AGAUGCUCACGGUCGUCUUCUUCAAGACCCUCAUCGAGGGCAGCGAGGCGCAUUGCAACCCCUUCGGCCCCCAAGACACAAGCUGCGACGAGUUGUGGAAGUACUGUCCAAGCUUCCGCAAGGAGCCCCUGGACGAGGCGAAAGCCAUGGACGAGGAGACAGCCAAGAAUUUCGAGAAGGCCAUCGGCGAGAUCCCCCAGGACCUCCAAGCGCUUUUCGAGAGGAUUCCCCCACUCGACAAGCAGUUCCGCCCGGUGCUGCCGAGCAGCGAGGGCGCCGAGGAGUACGAGCCGCUUCUCAUUUUGCCCGAGAAGGCCGAGGAGUACUUCACCUUCGGGUGGGACAAGGAUGCCAAUGACAAUCGAG